AUUUUGGGUGGCUCUUUAUCCACCUGAGAGGCAGCAGGGUCUGUGUCUGGGCUGAACAGUCGAACUAGCAUGAAGGGAGAGAGAGGUGGGCGGGUCUUGUUAUCCUCACGGACGACGACUCUCGCCAUACAUUGCACACUUGCGUCACGGCCUUAGAAAGAACAUGGGCCUUUAAAAAAAAAAAGGCCGGUUUCUGGGACUCUUCACUUCCGGUUUCCAUCUGCUCGCUUACUAUAGGCCAGUGGGAAGAGAACGUCAGCUGAAGUCUCUCUUUCCCCGAUUCUUUAUGGUCGUACAAGGCGUCAGUGGCGUCCGUUCGUUGACAACCGCCAGGUGCUGUCGCUUCACUUCUGGAGCCGCGGCGAGCCUCCCGUCGCUCUGGCCUACCUCUCUGUGGCGGGGGAAGCGCUCCUGGCGGCCUGGGGAGUGCUUCCUAUUGUGAGCGCCGAGUUGUGUGUGGGCUUGAGCUGUGCCGGAAGAGCCAUGUCGGACUCAGAAGAGUAUUCCUCGGGGGAAGAUGAAGAUUACCUUCCUUCGGGUGAGGAUUACAGCGAAGAUGAUGUGAAUGAACUAGUGGAUGAGGACGAACAUGAGGAAAAACAGUCACACAUGGAAAAGUGCAAGAAGAGUUCCAAGGGGAUCACAGGCCGGAAGAGGCGCAAAGGAGGUGGCCUCUCCUUAGAACCGGGUGGUGAAAGCUCAAAAGAUGAAACAAGUGACAGCAAGGAUGGUGAUGAUCUGGAAGAGAGUUGCCCAGCUGUGAAGGAAGAAGCGAAAAAGAAAAAAGAGGAUGCUCUGUGGGCCAGCUUCCUCAGUGACGUGGGCCAGAAACCCAGAGCUGCUGCUACGGAACAGGCAGCCUGUACACAAAAAGACAAGCCAGCAGAGAAAAAUGUGUGCAAGCCUCAGGAGGUGGCAAAAGAGCCCAUGAAGCCCAAAGUCGCCAUUACCGAAGUGUUUGACUUUGCAGGCGAGGAGGUGAGGAUCACUAAGGAGGUAGAUGCUUCGUCCAAAGAAGCCCAGGUCUUUCUGAAAAAGCAAGAGCAGAAGGCGGUCUGCCCAGUUUCUCAUCCUACAAGUUCUGGAGUGAAGCGGCCAAGUGGACUCAACAGCCUGGUGGGGAAGCUGGGUGCCAAGAAGCAGAAGAUGAGCACACUGGAGAAAUCCAAGCUGGACUGGGAACACUUCAAAGAAGAGGAGGGCAUCGGGGAGGAGCUGGCCAUCCACAACCGAGGGAAAGAAGGAUACCUGGAGAGAAAAGCGUUUCUGGAGAGGGUGGACCACAGGCAGUUCGAGCUCGAGCGGGACAUCCGGUUGAGCAACAUGAAACCCUGAGGCUGCUACGGAUCCUCUUCUGAUGAACGCCUCUCAUCUGGCUAUCCCCAGAAGAGAGUGACUCAACAAACCUUUUUUCAACACCUUAGUAAGUAGGUGAACUGAAGACACCCCCACCCCUUUUCUUUUAAUACUGCCAGAGUACUGCUGUGUGCUGCAGGCACCAGUCGCUGUCUGUUGGGUACCCAUCAGGGGGUGCUUGCCCAGGAGAGGGACUACCACGGGUAUUUCCCAGUUCUUUACUUCCCCAGCACUGAAGAGGGAAGAGGCAGGUUUUGUGCUGCAGAAUACUCCUAGUCUGCUGAUAGCAGCUGAUUCCAUGGGGCGUCAGGGCCAUGGGGUGUCAGGCCCAGUGGUUUGCACGGCUUCCUUGUGCAGCUGGAAGGCCAGCUGGUUGAGAAUGCUUAACAGUUGUUCGGUUGCAGGAGAAGUCGCCUGCCAACCAGCUUCCCGACGAGACCUGCUGUUCUCGCUGUGGAAUCUCUUGUGUUUUUGGUUUUGAAAAAAAUCUUUUUCCGGGAUCGUUUUCCGUCAACUAACUUUCCUUCAUGCUCGGCAGCCGCUGCAAAGGCGCAAGAGAGGCAGCGUGCAUGUGAGCAAGGAUGGUUCCUUUUGAAUAAAGCAUUAAAACCUGUA